AUGGCCAACAAACACACUACACGCCCUAUUACAACAGGAACGUCUGUCGUCGGCUUAGUCUAUGACGGUGGCGUCUUGUUGGCUGCGGAUACCCUGUUAUCUUAUGGAUCCAUGGCCAAGUCCUUCAAUACUCCUCGCAUGGUGAGUAUCGCGGACAGGGUCCUACUUGGAGCAUCGGGAGAAUACUCUGACUUUCAAGAGAUUGUCAGUCGAGUCGAAGCCUUGGCACUGGCAGAGACGACCCAAUCAAUGGAGUCGGUAUACGAUGAGCGAACUUUGUCAGCGAAGUCGCUUUGGAAUUACCUUCGUGCCGUCAUGUACCAAAAGAGAUCCAAAAUGAACCCUUUCUGGAACGAUCUCGUCGUUGCAGGUUUUGAAAAUGACGCCCCAUUUUUGGGAGUGAUUGACAAAUUGGGAACUACUUUGCAAGAGAACCUAGUUGCUACUGGAUUUGGAGGUUAUUUGGCUAUGCCACUUUUGCGGGAAAAGUGGCGUCCGGAUCUCAGUGAAGGAGAGGCACGUGCCCUCCUUGAAGACUGCAUGAAAGUGUUGUUUUACCGUGAUUGCAGAGCCUCUGCCCGAAUUCAGUUGGCUAAGGUCACCAAAGACACCUGUAUCAUUAGCGAACCAUAUGAAUUGGACCACAGCAAUGGGUGGAAUGCCCCUAGCAUGCAGCGAGCCGUUGGAGACUUAGAUGGUGAUGGUGGCUGGUAA